GCCCAAUAUAUUAAAAACAAAUCAAAAACUAUGAAUGACUUUGGUCAUUUAGAAAAAAUUAUAGUCCGCGAGUUAUCAUGCCGGUUGUGCCUGUGCACGGAUGUGAUGAAACUGAAGCCACUCAGCGCCGAAGUGAAACGUAAACUGAAAAGGCUCUUCGACAUCGUCGUUCGUACAGAUGACAAUCUCCCAAAAGCAAUAUGCCACGAGUGCCUCCAGCAAGUGAGCGCUCUCCAUAUGUACACAGUAAAAGUGGAAAAAACGCAGAAGUUUCUCGAUUUUCAUAAAACGAAGAACAUAGAAGAAAAACUUAAUGGAACAAUGGAUGCAUCCAAACUAAAUCCCAUCAUAACGCCUGUGCUACCAGAACAUUUUGCAGUUGAUAGAAAAAUAAGUAACACCCCCAAACCCAAAACACCACCGGUUGCCGAAUUCCAACAAGGCGAUAUAAAGACACCCAAAAACAAGCUUACAUCUAAAAAGAAGUCUCCUUUAAAUUUGAAGUUUAUGGAGUCAAUGCCUUUGGAUGAAUUCGCUAAAGCAGAGGAAGUGGAUAAAUCACUCCUGAAUAGCGCAUCAGUGGUAAACAGGCCAUCUCGCUCUAGAACAACGCCCUCGCCACGUUCACCGACGAGGCAAAAAGAGAAAUUAGAAACUGUUCAACAUCUGAUCGAUCUCAAAAGCGACAUUUUGGACCCCAUUGUGCUAAUAGAUGGCAGACCUGCAAAGCACGGUGCCGCCUUAGACAAACAGAUAACUUUGUUUUACAAGAUGGAGUGUGGUAUAUGUCACGAAAAUGGAUUCCAUUUUAGAUCCUUGAUGAAACAUUACAAAGAACGGCAUGGAGUACCUGGAUACGUGUCAUGUUGCGACAAAAAAUUCCAUUACUUUUAUCCCAAAAAGAUCAUCGAACAUAUGGCAUACCAUCUUCAACCAAAUAUAUUCAUGUGUCCGAGCUGUCAUCAGAACUUCCAGACCUCGCAAGAGCUCUCUGAGCAUCAGAGCAACGGUGGCCGAUCAGAAGGCAAGAUUAUUUGUCCAAGAUGUAACGAACGCUACCCGACCUACCACGAACUUGGCUGGCACAUUGUAACCCAUCGAACUGACAAGAUGCAAUGCGACUACUGUGGCAAACAGCUAAAGCAUCACCACCGAAAGAAGACAAUAAACCACAUGGAAGCAGUAAUACUAUGUUCACAGUGUAUACGUUCACUGAGAAAUAUAGAAAAACAAGAAAAAGAGAUUAAAGAAAAAGUAAAGGCAAAGAGCAACGAUGUGCUCACACUUCAAAAGCAUAAGAAAUUCAGACAAGCGAUGGGACUAUCGGGCGAUGAGGACGCGUCUACGGACUAAUUGACGCGGAGUGGCUUAAAAAAAAUAGCAAAUUUGUUAAAGUUUCUACAGCA